CCAAAACGAAAGACAGUGAGACGAGGUUGUCUAAGGAGCCUCGAUGAGGCUACCAAAUACCAAUUGAGCACCUCCAGGCACUCAAUUACACUCUCUUACUUGCUCGCCAUUAACUAAAACGGACCCGGACAACACCCGAACCGUUUGCCGAGAUGGCACCCACGGACAAGGACGCCGAGCCGCGAGUGACCGUCGGAUCGCAACUAAGAGCAUGGGGCACCUCCGCCAUACCCCCCAUGACGCUGACGACGCUCAUCAUCGCGCUGCACGCGCGCCCGCUGCAGCCGCUGCCGCUGCUCUUCCCGCCGCUGCUCGUCUUCAGCAGCUACCUGACCCUGGCCGGGUUCCAGACGGACGGCGCGGGCAUGACGGCGGCCUGGUCCGGGGUCUACGCCCUGCUCGCCGCGCGCCGCCGCCCCGCCUCGCUGCGCAGCCGCUUCUCCCUCCGCGGCGUCGUCCGCGGCGCCGCCGUGGGCCUGGGCGUCGCCAACACCGUCGCGGGGCUCUACACGUAUGCCACCGGCGACAGGAAGAAGGAGGAGGAGGAGAGGAGGGAGCUGAACCGGUGGGGUGUGUAUAAGGAUUAAUUAACGGAGUUCAUCGCUCGCUAGAGCACGCUGAGGGAGGCGGAUAAGCUGGGAGGAUGCGAUACCUAUUGAAGUGGUGUAGUCUUGAGGUUACGGGCGGAAAGAAAAAGGAAAAAAAAAAAAGGGGGGG